AAAUACACCAGAUUCGCUUGCUUCUAAAUCAGUUUUAAAACAGUGAAAAUAUUUUUUAUGCUCAAAAUGAAACAUGUAAUGAGUUUUUUUGCCCCAGAAUUAAUUUUUUGUCUGAAAUGCAUCAUUUAUUCUCAUGCUAUCGAUGUACCUGAUCAUAUCGCCACGCACUUAAAUGGAAAUCUAAGUUCAUAUCGAGAUGCAAUGAACUGGCUUUAUAAAUACGAAAAUCACUCUUGUAAUUCAGAAAAUGUGACACAAAUUAUGCCCGAAGGCAAAGAAAAAUACUUGAUGUUUCACAUUGAAUAUACAGAAUUUAGAGAUGAAUUUGUAUCUAAAAUGAUAAAUGCAGCCAAAUCUGACAUGAUUUAUGCAAUCUAUAAAUCAUGUUUGCUGGAUGCUAAUUAUCUGAAACAUACAGUUAAGACUGUACUUGUAUAUAAACUUGCAUACAUUAGGGAAUGUCAUCCAGAAAUUUUAUUUGAGGGAGAAAAUGAAGAAUUUAUGAAAGCCACAGUGCAAAUAAUAACGAAUGAACUAUGCAGCAAAAUAACGUAUCAGACGAUUUACAGUUCUGAUGAAGAAUGCCAGAAAAAUGUUCAACCUGAGGAAAUUAAAAAAUGCGAAAUUUUCAUUCAAAAGAAAAACAGAAGAAAGUAUACUAAUCACAUGACUGGAUUUCUUAUUUAUGCACUAAAUGAUUAUUUUCCAUCCUCAACUUGCAGUGACAUCAUCAAAAGACGAAAUUGUUACGUUGAUUUGGUCAAGAAUUGCAAAUUUUCGACUCAAUUUGCAGCCUACAAUUUGUGGAGUCUUUCAAGAAACGACCCUCUGUGUACGACUGAACUUCGAGAAUCGAUUGGAGAAGAAACUCGUUCAUAAAUUUGUGCCAAAAUUAUUUUUUUAGAUGAAAAAUAUAAUUUGAUUUGGAAUAGCUAAAAGUU